ACUCCCGCGUAAGACUCACUGGAGAGCCAAAAUGGGAAGAAACCACUUGUUCAUACCUCGCAUCGCAGCCCUGGUGAUUGCGGUUGCCGCGCUUUUCUCGGCGAGCUCGCUGGCGCUGGCAAAGCUUCUACCGCUUGUCCCGGCCGACUCCUUCGCCACGCUCUAUGACCCGCCUACAUACGAGGAGAAGCUAAGGCAAACAACGCUGCUUGGCGAGUUGGGCUCGAGUUUUGACGGCAUACGGUUCCUGAUCCAGAAGGGCGACACGCUCGUGCCCUCGCUCUCCUCGCUGCUGGCCUCGCUCCCCGCCCACCUGACCGUGGAGCCCGGCCUCUCCAACCUGGCCCUCGCCACCCAGGCCUACCUGGCGCUGUACGGCGGCCCCAGCCAGGCCCUGUGGGCAAUUACCCAAGUCGGCCGCUUUGUGCCGCUCAACUCCUUCUACCACCUGGCCAUCCCCUUCCUGGCCAACGGCGGCCAGACGCCCAUCGGCAACGGUGUGUCGCUCUACUCCUACUCGGCAUACACGCUGGUGAACGGCCCUCUGCUGUUGGAGGUGCCGCCUUACAACGGCGGCUACUGGCUCAUUCCCUUCUAUGACGUGUACGGCCUGACGUACCACGUGCUGGGCAGCACCCACGGCAACAACGGCGGCGGCAAGUGGCUGCUCGCGCACAAGGACUGGGAGUGGGCCGGCGAGGAGCCACUCCCAGAGGACCUGACCGGCAUCAUCCGCUCGCCCACACUGGAGGGCAACAUCCUGGGCCGCACCUCCUUCAACGGCACCGGCGCCGCGCAGUGGAACCUGGCCUGGGCCCUGGGCCCCUGGGCGCCCGCCGCCCGCCCCGACCCCGUGUCGCUGCCGCCCGUGGGCCUGGGCUGGGGCUACCCCGACCAGCGGCCCGAGGCGCUGUGGGCGGUGAACGCGGCGGACCCCCUGGCCUUCUGGAGGCUCGCGGGCGACAUCUACCGGCGCAACGGCGGCCCCAGCGUGCCCACCCCCCUGGUCAGGCAGCUGCCCCGCCUGGGCAUCCUGCCCGACUACGGCUUCGUGCCGUACGGCCUCAACGCCAACGUCACUGACGCGCUGGCGCUUGCCCCGCUGCUGGCCAACCGCAUCCUGGUCGCCAAGUACACCUUCCUGGGCUCCCCCGCCACCAACUACUGGCGGCUGCCGGUGUACGACGGCGACUGGGGCAAUGACUACGUGCUGGGGGCCGCCAUCAUGAAGGGGUUUUGGAUCAGCAACUUCCUCAAAGACGCAGCCUACUACUACCUGUAUGUUGACUCGUCCGCCCAGCCCUUCAACGGCAGUGCCGACUACACCAUCACCUUUCCCUCCACCCCGCCCGCCACCUCCGAGGCCUUCUGGUCGCUGCAGGCCCUGGACCUGGACGAGUGGACGCUCGUGUUCGGGCCCAACCUGCUCAACAUUGCUCUCAGCAGCGCCACACCCGGGCUUUAUAUCGCGCCCAACGGCUCCAUUCCCAUCCGCAUCUCGCCGCGCGACCCGCCCGCAAACACCACCGCCGCCAGCCGCGGCUGGAACUGGGUCAAGGCCUACCCCGGCCACUACCACCUGCUGUUGCGUGUGUACGCGGGAGACGCGUCCGUGCAGUCCAACACCUACGUCCCGCCGCCCGUAUCCAAGCUGCUUCCCGCCACGCCCGCGGCCUCCAGCCCCGCCCCAACGCCCGCCUCUGUGCCCGCUACCGGCCCCAGCCUUGCUCAGCCGGCGCCGUCCAACAGCACAUCGGGCCCCUCUCCGGCCCCGUCCGCCUAAGUGUGCCGUACAGGGCGCCCACGACGGCAUGUUGGCAACGUGAUUCUACACAGGCAGAGUCCCUGGCAACAUGAACUGUGAACUGUGCGUUGGCUUUUGGUCACCUUGGCUCUUGCGCCGCAUGCUAUCACAGUGCAACCGCGAGUACCUCCAUACAGAAUGCACACCAUGAUAUGUACUUCUAGACAUGUACCAUAUGCACAUACUCUCAUUCUGUUCAUUGUUUGUUGAUCGUUGGCCACCGCAAACGGGGCUGCUUGUUGCGUGUCGUAACUGCCUAACUGGGAACUUUGGUGUUGUUGACAAGCACAUGUUGGUAUGGUGCGUGUGGGACGGCGACGGUGCAAUGCGGCUGAGGUAAUGCGGAGAAGUCUGCGCUGCCCGACGAUGUGCUAUAUCUCGUGCCAGAAGCCUGGAGGCCGGGUAAAAGGGUUUAAGAGACGCGUGCUUCUGGCGGUAGCCGGGACUGUAGCACGAGGUGGCGGCUUCCAUCAACGGAGGCAAAUAUGUCUCGGCCCUUUAACCGUGUCGAGGACUUGAGGCACUCGCGUGCCCUUGGGGGUUGACAUCGUCUGUGCGGGCUGUGCUGUAGCAUGAGACCCACAAUGCUCUGUUGCGGAAUGGGGCCAGGUCCUCUCAACCACCCAUGACCACACAGCACCACAUGCGUGCAGCCGCCGUGUACCUCACCCGUUCCCCAUGCAGUUCAAGGAUUGAAAGGAGUAGGGAA